UUGUUUUUUUAUUGCAGCAACAGUUAUUUAAAUAGGUUGGAAUAGAAUUUAUAAAUGGAGACUUAUAAGCUUAUAAUAACGACCAACGAUAGAUACCUGGGCGCAGGCACAGACGCCACCGUGUGUGUAAAAAUUACCGGGGUGACCGGCAACGACACCAAGUGGACAGAUCUUGAUCAUUUCUUCCAAGAUGAUUUCGAGCGUGGAAAAGCUGAGUUGUAUACGGUUGAGCAUGAAGGGGACACGGUGGGCGAACCUGUGGUCGUGCAACUAAAAUUAACGGGAAUUCUAGAAUCUGAUGGUUGGUUAUGCGAUGAUGUCAUAGUGGAAUACAAUGGACAUCGAUAUGAGUUCCCGGUGUUUGAUUGGAUAGAAGGGGGAGAGGUCGCUGUAACAAGGGGAGAGGCUACUUUGCCACAAAAUGUCACCCACCCUCAAUGCCGCGAACUUCGCUCAAAAGAAGUUGAAAAUAAUUUGAAGAAGUUUGAAUGGCAGCCACCUGCUGUGUCGGACAAGGAGUUGAGUUGGGGGGUGAACCGUUACAUGAAAGCCGCACAUUACUUUGAACUUCCAAGCAUUUUAAGGAGAACACAAGGAAAGCUUGAAUCCAUGGCAGGCUCGGGUUUAACAGUUGCUUUGAAUGCUGGGAAGAAUUUGUUCAAUAACUUGUUCAGCAACCUGAAAACUCUGGAUGAUUACCGCGAACUUUACAGUAAGACUGGGUUUGGAGAUCCAGAGUUUAUUGAUGACUGGAAAACCGACAAGGAAUUUGGUAGGCAGGUCCUAACAGGGAUUUCCCCCCUUGCUUUUGAAAGAUGCACCAAGAUACCUAAUGGUUGUGAUGUCACAAAUGAACACGUGUGUGGUUUGUUGGCUGAAGGAAAGACAUUGGAAAGUGAAAUAAAAGCGGGAAAAAUUUACAUCGCUGAUUAUUCCCACACGUACGAUGUGGAAAGAAAUGACAUUCCAGGGUCGAACAAAAAGUUUGUUUGUGCUGAUUGCAGGGCGAUAUUUUAUGUUAACCCCCAGGGUGACUUUCUCCCAAUAGCAAUCCAGCUUUGCCCCAAUGAUGAGGAAACUGUACACACACCACUGGGGAAUGAACACGAUUGGCUUCUUGCAAAGAUGUAUUUUAGAGCUUCUGUGAGAAGCACACACGAGUGGAUCUACCAUUACCUACAAACGCAUGCCGCAUCUGAAACAUUUUGCAUCGCGAUGUUUCGCAACCUGCCCCGAAACCAUCCGAUGUAUAAAUUGCUCCGACAGCACGUACGUACAGCACCUGCGAUCAACACUGAUGCGAGGGUGUUACUUGUGCCUAAUGGAUCGCUCGCAAACAAAUCCAAUCAUCUGAAUGCCCCAUCAUCAGUACGGAAAAGCUAUAAAACAUUCAACUUGAAUCAACUUGACAUCCCAGCUUGUCUUAAACGUAAAGGAUUGGACGACCCAAACCUUCUUCCCAACUUUCACUACAGAGAUGAUGCAUUGGAUGUUUGGAAGGCAAUGGAGCAAUAUGUUGCCAAUGUGGUCAACCAUCAUUAUACUUGCGACAAGGACAUAAAGGAGGAUUACGAACUUCAGAGUUUCAUGUUCGACGUAGCGCAUGAGGGCUUUGGUUGGCAGGACAAUGACUUGAGGGGAUUCCCCGACAAACUAAACACAAGAUAUGAACUGAUUCAUAUGGCCACCAUCAUCAUAUUUGCAAGCAGUGCACAACACGCAGCUGUUAACUUUGGACAAAUGGAGACUUAUCGUUUCAUUCCAAACGCACCAGGCAGCAUGAUACUACCACCUCAUAAAAGGGGAGAAGCAGAUGAGCAAAGGGUGAUGGAUUCUCUACCAGGAGUCGUGGUUUCAAGUAUUCUUAUCAGCUUCUCAUUUGCUUUAUCAGAAUAUGCAAAAGAUGAGCUAUUCCUUGGUGAUGUACCGGAUAGAUUGUUUACCGAUCCAAAAGUUAUUGAGAUGCAAGUCAAUUUUAAGCAGGAACUGAGUAAACUUCAAACUAAAUUUGAAGAGAGGAACAAGAAACUUAAAUAUGCGUAUACUUAUCUAUUACCUGAUAAAAUACCAAUAAGCAUUGCUAUUUAAAUGGAUUUGUCAUAGUAUAUGUAUGGCUUAGUACCACUUAACCAAGAGCAUUUGUGAGUACUAUUUGUGAAAAAUUUUUUGCAUAGACUCCAACUCAAGACUGACUUUAAUUAAAAGCUCUGUGAAGUGAACUACUUUUAUACUUUGAACAGCGCGGUUUUUAUUUAUUUUAUUCAGUUUAUGAAAGACAAUUGUAUUAUAGUGCGAUUUUUAUUUAUUUUAUUCAGUUUAUGAAAGACAAUUGUGUUAUACUUUGAACAGUGCGAUUUUUAAUUUUUUUAUUCAGUUUAUGAAAGACAAUUGUGUUAUACUUUGAACAGUGCGAUUUUAACAGUGCGAUUUUUAUUUAUUUUAUUCAGUUUAUGAAAGACAAUUGUAUAUUUUAUGUUUAACCCAGUUGCCCAGAAACAUCGGCUUGCUUUUAAGAAACCAUUUAUUUUGAAGCAGUAUAUAUUAAAAGUAUUAUAAUAAAGCACCUA